AAAGGAAUUUUUGAUUUGUGCAACUUAAAUGUGAAUGAACAUAACACAAGGUAUCCGCAACUUGGCUCCCCUCUUCGACUAUGCUUCCAAACUGUGCUUCCCGACUUGCCUGCUUUUAACCGUGUCUCUGACCCUGCUUCUGACCCUACCUCUGACGCUGCCUCUGACCCUGCCUCUGACCCUGCCUCUCAUCCUGCCUCUGACCCUGCCUCUCCUCCUGUUUCUGACCCUAGCUCUGAUUCUGCCUCUGAUUUUGCCUAUGGCCCUGCCUUCGAGGGCGCGCGGACCGGGGCGGCGCCGGCGUGGGUGGAGCGCCAGGCGGGCUGCGUCAUCGCCGGCCACGACCUGGUGCGCAUCUGCCGCUUCCUCAUGCUGGACCUCGCGCGCGUGACGCAAAAGAACUCGAUGGGAUUUCACGAUCAUCUCCAAUUAAAUAGUAACGGCGGAAUUACAAUUUCACUCGUAGAGAUGUCAAAGAUAAAUGAAGAGGAAUGGUUCGACUUUGUGGGCAUCAUGUGGAUUCUGCACCAAUCGAGGCAGUGGCUGGUAGUGCACGAGUGGGGCCGAGAGAGGAACGGAGUCUGGGACCUGCGCCAUGAUCCUACAUUUCUCAAAUCGGGAUUUACUCCAUGCGCCGGCGCGGCCUGCACAGACCCUGAGAUUCGGAAGCGAGCGCGGGUUGGGAGUGUCUUGAAUGAGACGCUUAACUCAUCUGCUCUCAUCUACGAAAUCAUGGGCCAAGGACUGGUGGAGUUCGUCCCAAUGUAUUACCACACAGCAGGCUCCACCCCACCCGCCAUUGAUGUGGCGAGCGCCAGCAUGGAGAAAGCCAGCGUGUGGGUCCUGCGGCCCAAAGGGCCCUUGCGGCAGACAGGGCCCAACGUGCGGCCCCCGCUCCCGGCCUUGCUGCUGGGGGGCGGACAACUGUUUAGGCAUAUUAUUCACCAGGAGAUGGCUAAACUUGAUACACUUGAAGAACUUGCAGGAUCAAAUAAGAUUGUUAUGUCUCUACCAAUUGCUCACAUGGCACUUUUUCAAGAACCUUUAUUAAGUACUCAAUGGACACCUCGGGCCAUUACCUAUGAUGAUUUACCACUUAUUUACCAAGAAAAACAAGAAUUUGUUUUAAUAGCGACAGACGGCGAUCUUGACCAAGUACAAGCUCUUGAUUUUUCCUGGGAGAUGUGUUAUCCCUUGAGAAAAGCGUUUCAUAUAUCUACAAAAUUCUUCCUUCUUAAAAGGAACUGGCCGUGGGCGCCUAAAAUGAAUGAGCUCUUCGGUAAUCUUCUAGCAACUGGUAUAUUGCAUCACUGGGUAGAUACCUUCGGUGUGGUGAAACAGUUGCACUGUGAACACGCUGUCCAAAGAGUUGCAGAUGUGCGAGACCAGUGCGAGCAAGAAAUCGUGGGUGUCUUUUCAUUUACGCACGCACUGCCUCAUUUGUUCCUUCUGGCCGGAGGAUGGGCUGUGUCGGUGUUGGUCUUCGUUGCGGAGUGUUGGAAGAGUUCGUGGCACUGGGGACGGACGCUGGGCCCAAGGUCCCGGAAGUGCCCCAUGCGUCUGUGCACCCACCUUUUGGAAAUUCCCGGGAAACUGAGAAACGUUCUGAGACGUUUGUUUGACGACUCGCCAACCGACUUGCCCUUCGGAAGCGUCACUACUCUUCAAGAUAUGAGGCAUGAGCUAUCUGAAACUAGAAGUAUGACUGAUGCUGAGAGCGUUGCUGUGUUUCGCAGACCCAAGAGCAAGGUGGAAAAGACAGUGAUGGAUGAAUGACGGAUGAUGCAUCUCUACGCAACUGAGAGGGAAUCACUACUGCACGCACAUAAACAUUUUUGCACAUGUAGAAGAUAGAAAUCAAAU